AUGCCUUCCUGCAGACUGGAGGUUGAGACCAUGCCCGCCCAGAGGCCGGACAGACGCCAUGCCCGCCCAGAGGCCGGACAGACGCCAUGCCCGCCCGGAGGCCGGACAGACGCCAUGCCCACCCGGAGGCCGGACAGAUGCCAUGCCCGCCCGGAGGCCGGACAGACGCCAUGCCCACCCGGAGGCCGGACAGACGCCAUGCCCGCCCGGAGGCCGGACAGACGCCAUGCCCGCCCGGAGGCCGGACAGACGCCAUGCCCGCCCGGAGGCCGGACAGACGCCAUGCCCGCCCGGAGGCCGGACAGACGCCAUGCCCGCCCGGAGGCCGGACAGACGCCAUGCCCGCCCGGAGGCCGGACAGACGCCAUGCCCGCCCGGAGGCCGGACAGACGCCAUGCCCACCCGGAGGCCGGACAGAUGCCAUGCCCGCCCGGAGGCCGGACAGACGCCAUGCCCACCCGGAGGCCGGACAGACGCCAUGCCCGCCCGGAGGCCGGACAGACGCCAUGCCCGCCCGGAGGCCGGACAGACGCCAUGCCCGCCCGGAGGCCGGACAGACGCCGUGCCCGCCCAGAGGCCGGACAGACGCCAUGCCCGCCCGGAGGCCGGACAGCUUGUGUGGUGUAG